UAUUGACUUUGGAAAUUAAAAAGCAAAAAGCAAGAAAAUCUUAGCAACUUAGAAAUGUUUAUAAUAUUUUAUUUAGGGAUUUCUGCUCAUCAGUAUCCAGGUUUCUUUCUAGCUUCCUUUGAUGUAACAGAUGACUGCUGAUGAAUCUUGUUUCUCUUCUUUUUUGUGCAGAACCAAGAUCUUACUCUAAAAGAAGAAUUGAAAUAAUUGGAAUUGCCAUUGUCAUCCUCCUGAUCAUCCUGAUCAUCCUCCAGAGUAUCCCCAUUGCCCAUGUCCUGUCAAGCACCACGGAAAAUCAGAAGACCGAGGCAGUUCAAACCGGAACAUCAGUGCCAUUAAACUACCAACAGGAUGCCUUUUAUUGCCCACUUGACUGGUUUGGACAUAAUAAAAGCUGCUACAAAUUGUCAGAGGAGGAGAAGAACUGGAAUGAGAGCAAGAACUCUUGUUUUUUGCAUAAUGCUACCUUGGCCAAAAUUACAGAGGAGGAAAUUGCGACUAAUGGUAUUAUGAGGAUGUUCACAAAAGUCCAUGUCUUUUGGAUCGGCCUCACGAGAGAACCGAAUCAACACUGGAAGUGGCUAGAUGGAAAAAAUGCAACGAUGGAAGUCAAGGGAAAUGGAGGAGAUUGUGCAUUUUUGGACGAAGAAGUCACAGCCAUGUCGGUGAGAUGCAGCACUGAACACUACUACAUGUGCAAAAAACCAAUGCUCCAAAAGAUCCUGAAAGAGAACUGGAACUGUUGACUUUAAACAGUUCAUUUAGUGACUAUUCAAAGUUAUAACAGCAUGUCUCUUUAACUUUCUCCCAACGUGA